AUGAGCGCGGACACUCCGAACAUCGACCAAGACUUCACUUUGUCUGAAGAACAACUAUCAAGCCUCAUGUACGGUACUGUCACCGACGACAACAAGAUGUCGAGCUCAGCUGAAAGUACUUUGGUUGAGGAAUUUGGCAAAAAUACAGACAAAAUCUUCGACGACAUGAUAUUGGAUCAGGAUUGGAUAGACGAUAUGCUCACUCCUUCGAUUGACAACCCGCCCACUUGCGGGUCUAAUACGGAUAUCAAUGAGUCAGAGACAUAUACACCACCAGAUGAUUCACAUAUGUGGUAUCGGGACCAAAAUCUCGUGGAUUUGGCCACAGAAGCUCUGCAGUUUUUCAUUGGCGAACGCCGUUCUAAAGGCAUUAGGCUCGACGAGAGCGUGAGACAAUACCUGUCGGGUUACAUGAUGGCCAAAGGUGAAGCCAUCGCUCCUCAUCAUCUUGAGCAAAUGCUGACAUUUUUCGAGCAGGAUCAACAGCUCAAAAAGGCACACACAAGCCUUAGGCUCGGCAGGCUCAACGAAUCGCUGCGAGAGUUCCACCUUUCACGCAAUGCUGCGAUACGAGAGUCCAGAGAUCUCAUAAGUGACAUUUCAACUCCCUUGUCCGACACGAGUACGGCAACAAUUCCCGAUCUUGACGACACUGCUAGGAGGAAGCAGUAUCGUGCGCGCGCCAUGAGCACCAACAGCAAUAUCUCAACACCAACAGAUGACACCACAGACUCUGAAAGACCCGCUUGUCUUUCUAGAGUCGUAAUGAAAUUCCAGCCCUUUGACAAAAGCGUGAAUGGGUUUUCUCUAUCGCAGUUUGGUGCACUCAAUGGUUCAUUUUACUCGGACCGGGGUGCGUUUUCCGAAUCGCUUAAACCAAAGAAACCUCAUGCUGAAAAAAACACCUUAAUCACGAUGCUAAAAUCUCUCUACAAGGCCAAUUCAGUCUCCACAGUGCUCCACGUGAAUGUCCCAAUUGACAUCUCUUCUCAGUCGAUCGGAAUUGACCUCGAGGUGGGCAAGUUCGUUUCCUACGCAGAUGUGGUUCUGGAUAUCGGACAUUUUCUCGGCUCUGCGACCACAUUUUCAAGCAACUACUCGCGUAUGUUGAACCUGAGGUCGGUGAUAACCAUAUACGAAGGCGAUAUGGUUCUCAUGCGCAGAACAGAACCGAUAUCUGCAAUCAUUGAGGGCGAAGAGGCCGAAACAAGCAGCCAGAUAAGGCUGACUUUGCCUCUUACUGCCAAAUACUGGUCUGCCUUCAUAACCGGAUUUCAAAAUGGAUCGGUUGAGUCUUCCAAGAUUGACAGCGUGUUGAUCACGCACUCUGUCUAUCUCGACGAUGAUCUUUGUGGCCGUGUCAGCUCUUCCAAAAAGCACAUCCCGAUCCUCAAGGCUUUCUGGGAGUUUUCUGUCAUGGACAGAGCGAAAAAUCAGCUGAAAUACGAUGUUCUCAAGCCUGGGGUUUUUAGGCAGGUCGACUUUGCUGUCCCAAAGAUGGCCUCCCGCUCGGGGUCUACAAGCACGCCGCUGUGGCCUCUGACUGAGGAACGCUUCGAGUCGUUUUCAAGGGGCCAUAAGCGAGUUAGAUCUCGGUCACUGGGAAAUCUUGAAGAUGCGGAUCUCCGGCAGGCUACAGCUGCUGCGAAGAGUAACAGCCUUAGAGAAGUUCCAAGUCCCGGGGCCAACCCGCCAGCAGAUGACUCAGCAGCCAAUACACCAAUAUUGUUUCAAAACCAACCUUCAUUCCCGGGCUCGUUUUCAGACCGGGGCUCUCCUAUGCUUAUGACUUCACCUUCUCCUAACGCCGCAAAUAUGUCUCUCUCCAUGGAUGUUCAGUCAAAGCAGCAGCUUCUGGUGCAGCAGUACCAAAUGCAGGUGAAAGAAGCACAAUUGCGUUUCUUCCAGGCACAGGCUAAUGUUUUGCAACAGGAGCAGACAAACAUGUCACCAACUCUGAAUCAAGCGCCUUUGAGCAUGCCCAGACCGGGUAUCUUUAGGUCAACAUCACACUCAGGAUUCUCUGCAUCGGUAGGUCUUGGAAUUGGAUUUGGAAGUAGCACAGAUCACGCUCAUUCACCGCUGGCCAUGGAUACUCCAUCGAAAAUCCAAAGGCCUCAGGAUGUAACUGCAGCCCAGCGCAGUAUGAGCAACAGUUCCAGCGUUCCAUCCAAGGCACCAAUCGCACGUCUCAACUCUUUCUCGAGUACAAUUUCUUCGAGCACUCACCACGUUGCUAAACAGCCAAGCAACUACAGGAAGGCCAACCCAGGGGAGUUGACUAUCCAAUUUUAUAAUCCAGUUGAGUAUAGUUGA